GAGCGAUCAGUUUUUGAGUUGACUUCGAGCCGAGCGGACGUGUCUUGUGAAGCCGUUGUCGAAAUAUGUAAUAAGCCAACACACUAUACACUAUACACAAAACGAUCGAAUUUGACACAAGAAUCAUAAUACACAAAAAGAAUCACAAAAGAAAACAACAGCAAGAGAAUAAUUGAUCAAAACGCUAUCUCCUCCUCGUCGUUGGCGUUGUCGACGUCGUCGUUGUCGUUGUCGUCUCCCCCCCACUUGGAUUACGGGUCAACGCGAACAAGAAAACAAAAAUAUUGAAAACAACAACAAAUUUUUUUGGAUUGAGAAUAUAUCUGCGAUAAAUACAUACAUAUAUUUCUCAAAGUGAAUGGUGUUUGUGGUGCGUGGUGGUGCAACAACCAAAAUCAAAAGAAAUGGCUUAUUAUUAACAAAUACAAAUGAAUUAAUUCGCUAAAGAAAGCCAAAAGAAAAGGUGACGCAGAGCAGAAGAAGAGAAUUAAGUUUGAGAGAGAUUUUUUUUUUUUUUCGGGUAGAAACAAGUCGAACUAAAAUGCUGGCCACUAGCCAUUUAAUGUAUGUGCUCAUUGCCAGCUGUGUGAUGCCCAUCUUUGGUGCGGCAUUAAGCAAAACCGUGCUCUAUCAGGCACCCGAUGAAUGCCGCUGGUCCGGAGGCGGUGGCGGUGAAGAUAUCACACUUGUCUGCCAUCUACGCACUAUCAAUUCGGAGCUGGAGAAUACAAAUUUCAGUGUGAUCCAGCCGCAUAAUACGGUGCGAUUGCGUUUGGAAUGCAAUGAUGCAUUAUUCUUUCAAAGUAGCCUGAGUCCGGAUAGUUUCCGUUCAUUGGUGGAGCUACGUGAUCUGACCAUCGAAUACUGUAAAUUGGGUAAUCUAACGGAGGGCUCGUUUCGUGGCCUGCAGGAGCUACGAAAUCUAACCAUACGAACACACAAUGGCGAUUGGUCAACCAUGUCCCUGGAGAUGGCAUCGAAUAGUUUUGUCGACUUUCGUCAAUUGGAACGCUUGGAUUUGAGUUUAAACAACAUUUGGCUGAUACCCGAUGGCAUGGUUUGCCCCCUGAAAUCGUUGCAACAUUUGAAUGCCUCAUACAAUAAGAUACAGGAUAUUAGCAACUUUUACUUUAGCUCAUCGAUGAGUUCACGCAAAACACGCAUAUGCGGCUCAACGUUAACCAGCUUGGAUUUGAGUGCAAAUAAAAUGGUUAGUCUGCCAUCGGCCAUGUUAUCGGCAUUGGCCCGCUUGACCCAUUUGAAUAUGGCCAGGAAUAGUAUGAGCUUUCUGGCCGAUCGAGCAUUCGAGGGUCUGCACUCACUCAAUGUUGUUGAUUUGUCGGCCAAUCGUUUGACCUCAUUGCCACCAGAAUUGUUUGCCGAAACAAAGCAACUGAAAGAGAUUUAUCUCAAGAAUAAUUCCAUCAAUGUACUGGCCCCGGGUAUAUUUGGUGAUCUGGCCGAGCUAUUGAUCUUGGAUUUGGCCCACAAUGAGCUCAAUUCCCAAUGGAUAAAUGCAGCCACCUUUGUGGGUCUAAAGCAUUUGACUCUUCUCGAUUUGUCGGCCAAUAAAAUAAGUCGCCUCGAGUCUCACAUAUUUCGACCACUAAAUAGUCUGCAAAUCUUGAAGUUGGAAGAGAACUAUAUUGAUCAGUUGCCCAAUGGUAUUUUUGCCGAUCUAAGCAAUUUGCAUACACUGAUCCUAUCCAAUAAUCGGAUCUCUGUCAUUGAGGCACGCACACUACAGGGAUUGAAUAAUCUUUUGGUACUCUCCUUGGACUAUAAUCGUAUUGGUAAAUUGGAUCAACGAUCUCUAAUCAAUUGCAGCCAAUUGCAGGAUCUGCAUUUGAAUGAUAACAAAUUGCAGGCAGUGCCAGAAGCAUUGAGUCAAGUGCCACUAUUGAAAACCCUCGAUAUGGGUGAGAAUAUGAUAACACAAAUCGAAAAUACAAGUAUUACCCAAUUGGAGAAUCUAUAUGGAUUGCGUAUGACGGAGAACUCGCUGACCCACAUCCGGCGUGGUGUAUUCGAUCGUAUGAACUCGUUGCAGAUUCUAAAUCUAUCGGGUAAUAAACUAAAGAGCAUUGAGGCAGGAUCUCUGCAAAGGAAUAGUCAACUACAGGCCAUACGAUUGGAUGGUAAUCAAUUAAAAUCGAUUGCCGGCCUCUUUAACGACUUACCCAAUCUCGUUUGGCUCAAUAUUUCGGGCAAUCGUUUGGAGAAAUUCGAUUAUUCUCACAUACCCAUUGGACUGCAAUGGUUGGAUGUUCGAGCUAAUCGCAUCACUCAAUUGGGUAACUAUUUUGAAAUUGAAAACGAAUUGAGUUUGAGUACAUUCGAUGCAUCGUAUAAUCAAUUGACGGAAAUAACAGCCAGCUCGAUACCGAAUAGUGUGGAAAUUCUUUAUCUAAAUGAUAAUUUGAUAAGCAAAAUUCAACCCUACACAUUCUUCAAGAAGCCCAAUUUAACUCGCGUCGAUUUGAUAAGAAAUAAAUUGACCACAUUGGAGCCAAAUGCCCUGCGAUUGUCACCCAUUGGCGAGGAUCGUGAUAUACCCGAAUUCUAUAUUGGCCACAAUGCCUUUGAGUGUGAUUGCCAUUUGGAUUGGCUGCAGAAAAUCAAUCGAGAAUCGCGUACCCAGCCACAAUUAAUGGAUCUCGAUCAGAUCUAUUGCAAAUUGACCUAUGCCCGGGGAUCACAGUUUGUGUCCCUGAUUGAAGCGAAAUCGAAUGAUUUCCUUUGCAAAUAUGAAUCGCAUUGCUUUGCCCUCUGCCAUUGCUGUGAUUUCCAGGCAUGCGAUUGUAAAAUGGAAUGCCCGGAUAAAUGUUCCUGCUAUCACGAUCAAAGCUGGACAUCGAAUGUUGUCGAUUGCUCGCGCGCCAGCUAUGAGAAGGCACUGCCCACUCAUAUACCCAUGGAUGCCACACAAUUGUAUUUGGAUGGCAAUCAAUUUAAAGAGCUCCAGAGUCAUGCCUUCAUCGGACGCAAGAGAUUGAAGGUCCUGCAUUUGAAUCAUUCGUCCAUUGAGAUACUACACAAUCGCACAUUCUAUGGUCUAUUGGAGCUGGAGGUUCUCCAAUUGCAAAACAAUGAACUGAAGGCACUCAAUGGCAAUGAAUUUCAGGGUUUGGAUAAUUUGCAAGAAUUAUAUUUGCAGCAUAAUUCUAUUGCCACCAUCGAUUCGUUGACAUUUACGCAUUUGUAUCAUUUGAAAGUUUUACGUUUGGAUCAUAAUUUGAUUACCUCAUUUGCUGUAUGGAAUUUCUUGCCAUCGUAUCUGAAUGAAUUGAGAUUGGCAUCGAAUGCCUGGAGUUGCAAUUGUGAGUUUAUCGAUAAGCUGAGAGAUUAUUUGGCCCGUCAUGAAUAUGUCACAGAUCGUGCGAAACUUAUAUGCCACAAUAAGACGCAACAGAUGUCGAUUUAUCCCAAUUCUGAGGAGCAUUUACCACUCAUCCAAUGCAGUCAGACAUUGAAAUUGAAUUUGGAUAACAAUUACAAUUUCGAGGAAGAGGAGAACUCACUGCUGGCCAAUAGUAGUUCAACGAAAAUGAUAUUGAAUCAGCCACCCAAACAGGAUUAUAUACCCAUUCUGGUGGCUAUAUUGACUGCCUUCAUAUUCAUUAUGAUCUGUUUCCUGUUGGUCUUCAUAUUCCGUCAGGAGAUGCGUGUGUGGUGCCAUUCCCGUUUCGGGGUACGUCUCUUCUACAAUGCCCAAAAGGAUGUCGAUAAGAACGAGCGUGAGAAACUCUUCGAUGCCUUUAUUUCGUACUCAUCGAAAGAUGAACUGUUUGUCAAUGAGGAGCUGGUGCCCAUGCUGGAGUUGGGCGAACAACGCUAUAAACUUUGCCUACAUCAACGUGACUUCCCUGUGGGUGGCUAUCUGCCCGAAACAAUUGUCCAAGCCAUCGAUAGCAGUCGUCGCACCAUUAUGGUGGUCAGUGAGAAUUUCAUCAAAUCGGAAUGGUGUCGCUUCGAGUUCAAAUCUGCCCAUCAAUCUGUAUUACGAGAUCGUCGACGUCGCCUCAUUGUCAUAGUGCUCGGUGAGGUGCCACAAAAGGAAUUGGAUCCCGAUCUACGUUUAUAUCUCAAGACCAAUACAUAUCUGCAAUGGGGCGAUAAAUUGUUUUGGCAAAAAUUACGCUUUGCUUUGCCCGAUGUAUCCACAUCGUCGUCGAAUGGCGGACGUAGUGGACCUGGACAGCCUUGCCAUGUACCGAUCAAUCAUCCUGCCUAUCAUCAUCAUCAUCAUCAUCAAAUGCAUCUGGCCGGACACCAUCAUCUUCAUCAGCAGCAGCAACAGCAGCAGCAGCAACAUCCACAUCAGCAGCAGCAACAACAGUUUAUGUUGCCACCAGUUCCACCAGCGGGCAGUUUUCGCCGGCAACCAUCGCGUGGACCCAAUAAUACACAGCAGCAACAACAACAAGCCGCUCUACUGAUGGGCGGUGGUCAAUUGGCAGGAUCUACGCAACAGAUGAUACCCCUGGCUAGCGGCAUACAACAACAGAGCUUGCCGCUGCCGCCUACACAACAGCAACAGCAGCAGCAGCAACAGCAACAACAACUACCAACGCCUGCAGCACGUAAUUUGCAUAUGUAAGUGUAUUUUGAUGUUGAAAAGAGACAGCCAGUGAUGGAGAGAGAGAAAGGGAGUGAGAGCUAGAGCAUACAUGUAUAUUAUCAGAUCAAGUGUUACUGAUAUAAUUUCCAUCACAAAAAUUCUCAAUUUUUGGUGCAUUUUCAUUUUGUUAAACAAAAAGGGAAACUACUACUACAUACAUAC